UAGUUCGUACGACUAUUAGAGGCACACUGGAGGCACAGUGAAGAUGGUGUGUGUUACCAUCCCCGCCUUUCAGCUGAGGAUCGGAAUCCGCAGACGGUAUGAGGGUGAAAAUUUCUAUAUAUAAGCCUUGGUGGCGAUGAAUCUAUGUCUCGCAGUUGGCUCCGACACCAUCCCAUUACCCGUUUACCAUUGCGACUGCUUCAUACCUACCUCUUAGAUACACAAUGGCAAAGCUUCUUAGCGGAUCAGCUUUCAUUACCGGUGCCGCCGCAGGCAUUGGCUAUUACACGGCAGAUGCUUUCGCGAAGCACGGCAUCGAACGCCUCGCCGUCACCGAUUUCAAUGCGGGAGCUUUAGCCAGCUCCGUGAAGGAGCUGCAGGCCAAGCACCCCAACGUCGAGUUCCUUCCCCUUGAGCUCGACGUGCGGGACGGCAAGCAGGUCAAGGCCGUGCUAGCACAGGUAGUCCAGAAGUUCGGGCGCCUCGACAUCGCCGUCAACAACGCGGGCAUCCGCGGCCCGAUCGCCAACACCGACCUCGUUCCCGAGGAGGAGUACGAGAACCUGAUCCAGACGAACAUGAACGGCGUCUGGAGAUGCCAGAAGGAAGUGCUCUCGAUCUUCAUGAAGCAGGAGCACAAGGGGCUGCGGUAUGGCCGCGGAGUCAUCAUCAACACGGCCUCGAUAUUUGGGCUGUUCGGAGCGCCCAGGGGCAUGCCGCACACGGCCUACGUCACUGCUAAGCAUGGCGUCGUGGGAAUGACCAAGGCCGACGCUAUUCAGUACGGCGAACAUGGUAUUCGCAUCAACGCCAUCUGCCCAGGCUUUACGAAGACCGCCAUGGUCGAGAGUGUCUUGGCCCAGGGAUCAGAGACCCCUUUCGCCGUCGAGAUCGAGACUUCCCCCAUGGGGCGGGCUGGCGAGGUCGACGAGAUCGCGGAUUGCAUGGUCUUCCUGGCGUCGCCGAUGAGCAGCUACAUGCAGGGCGCCGAGCUCGUUGUCGAUGGCGGCUGUUCUCUGACGUAGUUUCAGCAACAAUGGUUUCUAAGAUGAUCUAAGUCAUAUUGGUGCAGGUGACCGUGGCAAUAUGAGAUGAUUUCGUGCUAGGUAGCGGCAAGCAAGUGGGCCUUUCUACGGGUUCUGAAGCCAAAGCCUUCCUAGGUAUGGGUUCGCAGCGGCAAAGUGGUGCGAUUUCUGGAUAAUACGUCGCUCAUCGUUAAAUACCCAGUAGCCCUGUAGAAGUCAAUGAGAUCUGCGGGUCUUUGGAAUCGUCAAAGUUGGUCGACUAUUAUAAUACAAGUUAUUCCUAAUUUACUUUCUUCAAAACUACUACAAUACGAUGUACGUAGUCUCCGUGAAUCAGACAUUUGAAGGUGAUGGUGGAAGCUAUCCCCGCAACGAGCCCAGUGAAAGUUGUUCCAGGGGUUGGCGCAGGAGCCAUAAAGCAUGAGCCAUGAUUGAGCCCGCCCCUUUUACCCUUAGGCACCCUAGUAACUAUGCCAAAUUAGUAACCCAAUCUAGGACCCCAGACAACAGGGAAGAUAUUGUGCAGGCAUUGGGUAAUGUGAGGCGUGUGCAUCGCCUGAAAUACUUUGGAUAAGAGUACUAUGCCGUAGAGUAACCUAGCUCACUUCUUGGGAGUCUUUUUUCAUAAAAGA